AAAAGGUCUCGUGGGUCUCAGUAUGUGAACCCUGGAGACAGAAUAGACUACAGCGAGAGAAGCUCACCUUACCCAUUAUCAGCGGUUACAUAGAGCGGACACGCUUUCCCAUGUAUAAGUGAAUCUUGUUAUAUGGUGAUCACCGAACAUGGAACUGUUAGGCACAACACUAACCGCUACCUAUGCUCGACCAAGACCAACACCUACUAAUUUUCUGCCGGCCAUUUCCACCAUGGCUUCAAGUUAUAAGAAUCGAUUCCCUAACUAUUCCCUAAGCCAUAGCCUGAGUCUUCCUUGGCGGCCAAGCACAUAUUACAAGGUAGCAUCUGCUUCUCCAACGCUGGCUCCACUCUCCAAGAGCUCCCCAGGUUUAGGUCCUGCCCAAAUCACCCCCUUCCCAUCCAACAGAACAGCUCUUUUCACCAGAUAUACUCCCGACGACUGGUACAAAUCCAAUCAGCAAAAUUAUCGGGAAUCCGAGUCUUCCAGGCGCAGUGCGGAGAGGCUAAGACUUGACACCAGUCGGCUGAUUCAAGACAAGGAACAGAGGACAAGGAAGAUUCAGAACGACACCAGUAAAGAUUUGGGGGAACGGGUAAAUGACAUUGCCUUUUGGAAAUCGGAAAUCGUUCAUGAGAUCGACCAGAUGAUUGGGGAGACUAACGCCCUCUCCGAAGUCAAGAGGAGGCUGGAAAGAGCGUUGGCCGAGACAGAAGGACCACUACAGGUCGCUCAGGAAUGUCUCUAUCACCGGGAGAAGAGGAUGUCCAUAGACCUUGUACACGAUGAUGUAGAAAAGCAGCUUCUGCAGGAGGUGGACUGCAUCAAGUCCUGCCAAGAAAGGAUGAGAAGGCACCUGGAGAAGACAACGGCACAGCUCGCUUCCAACAGAGCAGCCCAGCACGAGCUCGAAAGAGAUAUAGGUGACAAGCAAAUGGCCUACCGCAUAGACGACAAGUGUCAGAACCUCAGGAACACCUCGGAAGGCAUCGGGUAUUACCGAGGCGUGGAGCGUAUCGAUGCAACGAUCUCAGUCCCGGAGUCGUGGGCAAAGUUUAGCGAUGAUAACAUCCUGAGGUCACAGAGCGAGCGGGCGGCAUCAGCCAAGCUCAGAGAGGACGUGGAGAAUCUUCUCAAUGUGACCUCCAACGAGAUGUGGAGUCAGUUCAAUGUCGUCAACGUCAUGUUCACCAACCGUAUCUCCGAGACGGCUGACGCCAAGAACAAGCUGCAGAGUCACCUCGCUAAGACGCUCCAGGAAAUCUUCCAGACAGAGAUGACAAUCGAAGCCAUCAAAAAAGCCAUCAAGGAUAAAAUCGGUCCCAUGAAAGUGGCCCAGACACGGCUGGACGAGCGUACCAGACGCCCCAAUGUGGAACUGUGCCGGGACAUCGCGCAGAUUCGCCUCGUUCACGAAGUCCAAGAGAUAGACGACGCCAUUCAGGUCCUGCAGCAACGUCUACGGGAAGCUGAGGACACCCUGCAGAUGCUGGUCCAUACCAAGGCCAACCUGGAACAUGAUCUGUCCCUCAAGGCCAACAGCCUUUUCAUUGACCAGGAGAAAUGUAUGGGCAUGAGGAAAAGCUUCCCCAGCACACCUCGACUGGUGGGCUACACGUAAACCCCCAACAAAUCCAAUUGUGUACAUUUUUAAAGAAAAUAUCCCCCCGGUUAGAAUCGUUACUCACCUGCUGUGUCGUGUGGUUUUAUUAGUGCACAAAACCUAAAAUUACAUUGAAUAAAAAGUGGACGUUUUACGGACUAAGUAAAA